CAGCCUGUCGGUGGGCGGAGCCUGGCCGAGUCUUCUCCCCCGAGUCCCUCCUCGGAAGUAGACGCAUCAGUCUAUUCCGUUCUUUUAUUUUUAUAUAUUUUUUAUAACAACCCCUUUUCCCUCACACGUAUCGCCAUGGACGCCAGGAUGGAGGAUUAAACCGAAGAACGGGUCCCCGAUUUCACCCCCAUAUUUAUCCUCGAAUUGAGUGGACCGGAUGAAAUCCAACUGUGCUGUUCUCCGCUUCGCAGGGGAGGUAGCUGUAUCCAGUGGGGAGGUAGGCUCAACCAGGGGAAAGAAUGAAGUUCUUCGAACCCUGGGGACGCCAGAGGCUGUCUUUUCUUCUGGAAAAGGCCGCCUCUAGGGAAGCCAAGAUGUGGAAGGUCUACGUGCCGAAGAAGCCCUCCCCACAGGAUACAGACGUCACCCCCGCCCAGCGGGACGAGGCCGUGCGAUGGUUGACGGAGCUCCAUGGCAGACUGCAGCUGUACCCAGAGACGCUGGUGUUAGCUGUUAGCAUCCUGGACCGCUUCCUCGCUCCCAUCAAGGCCCGUCCAAAGUACCUGCGCUGCAUCGCCAUCGCCUGCUUCUUCCUGUCUGCUAAGACCUGUGAGGAGGAUGAGCGUGUGCCCUCUCUGAAAGACCUGGCCACCUCCAGCAGCUGUGGCUGUUCUCCAUCAGAGAUCCUGAGGAUGGAGAAGGUCAUCCUGGACAAACUGAACUGGGAUCUGCACACCGCCACAGCGCUGGACUUCCUGCACAUCUUCCAUGCGAUGGUGUUGUCGUGCCGUUCUGGGUUUUUGGACUCCAUGUUGGGACUGAACCGCUCUCAGCACCUCACCCUGCUCACACGGCGACUCUACCACUGUCUGGCAGACCACACGCUCAUACAGCUCAGAGGAUCCAUGCUGGCCUUGGCCCUCGUCACCCUGGAGCUGGAGACCUGCUGUCCUGACUGGCUGGCUCUUACCAUUGACCUGCUGAGCAAGGCACAGAUCGACAGCUCUGAGUUGAUUCGGAGUCGAGAGCUGGUGGCUCGUAGUCUGUCCACAUUGAGAGCUUCCCUGCCUCCAAACACUGUCUACAUCUACCAACCCCUGCACAGCCACCCCACCCUGCAGCCUCCGGCCCAGGACCCCGCUCCCCCCUGCUGCACACUGGGGAUCAUCACCUCCACCACUGAGUCUUCCAGGGACCAAGCCCUCGUCACCCCCACCCAGCUAAAGGCCGCUGCUGAUGGGGAGGAGAGGAGCCAGCAGCCCUGGAGCUCUGUCUCCUCCUCCUCCUCCUGCACCACCACCAGCAGCAUCCCAGUUCUAGUCCCUCCACCCAAACACCGCCACCAUCUUAAGGUCACAGUGCGAUGCAAGGCAUCCGCCAAGCGCAAGGUGGAGGAGAUGGAGGUGGACGACUUCUAUGAUUGCAUCAAACGUCUCUACAACGAAGACGUCACCACCGCCGCUGCUGUCCACGAGGGGGCAACGCCUUCAAAGGGAGCGAUAACAACAGGUGGAGGAGGAGGAGAAGGAGGUCUGGGUGUCUGCAGUGUCCUGUUGACCCGACAGGAAGGCAGCUCUUCCCCCUGCCCGCCUCUGCAGCCAGUCAGUGCCUCCUAGAGACCAAACAGAAGCCUGUUUACCAAAACCACCUUCACCCUGACGUCAUCUUUCACUGCCAAAUGAAACUCCUCAAUCAGAAUCCAUUUUUUUUUAAAAAGCAAUGCUCCUGAGGAAAUGUUGCUGGAGAAAAUUGUCCUUUACGUCACUGCUGAAACGUACAGGAGAAGAAGAAUUUAUUGAUCUUACAAUCCAAUAAAGCAGCGACGACGGAUGAUUUCAGUGGUGAAGAUGGUUUUGGUUUCAGUGCAAACGACCCCAGUGUGACCCCGAGUUGUUCAGCUGUCCUGAGGUCAGCUCCCAUCAUCCCCUGCAACAGGAAAACAGAGCCCAAAAAAAGUUAAACAUUCAAAAAAUAAAAAACGUGCUGCUACUAUCGUAUUAAUAAUAUUUGUUGAACACAAAUACGUUCAAAAAAAAUAUAUAGAAAAGUUACUAAAAAAAAACAAAACUAGAAUUGACCUAUUCAACCCCCCGUGUCUCUCUGUCCUGUUUUGAAACGCUCAUCGUUUGUCAACUUAUUUUUGUUGUUCACAUCUUAAACUUUCAUUUCAUAUAUUUAUGUUUUUCAUUCUAUCUUCCUCCCUGUCCUUCCUCACUCUGCAUGUUUUUAUGUCUUACAUAGAGUCUAAAUCAAAUGUGUAGAUGAUUCUCUGUAUUUCGCACCCGGAUAGAAAAAAACUUUUUUGUUGUUUUCUUAGUAAAGUGCAAUUAGAUUGUUAAUAAGAUCUGCUAUGAAUACCUCCCCUCUCAGCUCGUUGUGACGGCUUGACUGAAUGAACGUUUCUCAGGUUGUUUUAUUCCCCCACAAACUAAAAGUCUCUCUGAAGCUGCUGCCUGAAUCCUCUUUCGACACCAAGAGAAGUUGAUGAUUUCCUAAUAAUGUACACACCCUCAUCUAAAACGGAAACAUCCAGGCAUUACGAACUUUACCUUACGUGUCUGUGUCGAAGCACCCAGAGGGAAUUAAAGUUCUAGUUUAUAUAUUCAUAUGUAAUAAAACAACCUGAGUUAUUUAAAGCAUCUAAUAUUAAGCUAAAUGUUUUUGGAGUUGGCUGAGUUCAGAAGGAAAAAGUGACACUUUGAUGUUAAAAAAAAAAAAAAAAAAAAACAUACGCUUAAACACGCUGUUUUUAUUUAAAUUCUGUUUAAUAUAUUUUUAUUCCUGCAAAAAGCUCUGUUGUUUCCUGCUGUGGGAGCUGCUGGUAGCUGCUCAGGGUCCCUGAAUGCACCACGGCACCAAUAAAUGAAGAGAUAAGAAU